GAUGGUUCGAUAAGGAAAAAUUACGAGAAUUAGAAAAAAAAUUAUUGCAGGGUCAUGCUGGAAGGCUGCAGAGCGUAAAAUUUAAUUAUGAAGCACUUAUAGCCCAGUGGAUAGAGCGCUUGUUUGCGGAGCAAGAGGCCGGAGGUUCGAUUCCUCCUAAUUUUUGGUUAGGAAGGAUAACUACCCAAAGCCAAUCGUCAACCUCCCAAAAUAAUCAAUCACCCAGCGAUAAUUCCGAAGUCCAAGCCUUAAAAUCGCAACUAAAAGAAGUCAAAAAUCAACUAAAAAAUUUAACCAACGAGCCUCAGAAAAAUCAAUUAGAGGACAAAAUAACGGCACUAGAAAAUAAGGUAAAAGAACUGACUAACCCGGAUAAAUCAACUAUCCGGCAAUUAGAGAAGGAAAUUAAAGAAAUUAAGGAGAAAUUAGAAAAUACGAAACCCGACGAUAAUCCCUCCCCUACUGAUAAUAAUCAACUACAAUUUAAAGUCUAUUAUUUUGGAAAAGUAGGAGAAAAUCAUAUGUGGCCUGAUGUAGACACUGAAAAUAGCAACAAAAUUAUUCUUAUUGACAAAGAAAACAUCAUCUUUCCUAAUGAUGAGUUAACGCAAAAAGGACAAAAUUAUACUAUUACCUUUUUGCCCCAAAAUGCCGAGAAAUUUCACAAUCAAAGUCAUGUUUAUUAUUUUAGCAAACAUAAUGACAAGUUUAAUUUAGCACCAGUUUUUACUCCAUCUAACGAAAAAAAAGAAAUCAAGGUCGAAUUUUUUGGUGAUUCUCUGGAAAAGGGCGGAUAUGGCAAAUGA